CAAACGGUCGAAGGCGAGUCCGCUCUUCCUCUUCGAUAAACCCAAUAUUUUGCAAUAAAGUAAAUUAGUUUUUAAACCCAAGCAGUGAGCAUUUUCCCAGGUCGAAGAGUGCCACGGCCCGCGCAGUUCGGUAUCUUUCGGUGCAAUCGCAGCGGCGCAUCUCGCGACUUCGGUCAACCCCCAUUCGUGUUGUUGUGUUGUGCUCCCUGCCUUCUGCCUUCUGUUUUCCGCUUCUCGUUUUUCGCCCUGUGUAUCUGUGUGUUCGCCCGUCAGUCGAGUUAGUUCACCAAUCCCGUCGCAACAGCGGCGGCAACAGCAACAGCAACAGCCAACUGAUGAGUCCCAAUUGUUUUCAUUAACGCAACGAGAGUCGCCCCACUGCGAGCCCUCCCCUCCCCGCCCCUCCAGAGCCACCCGCCCCUCCCCUGUGCCACACCCACCACCGCCACCAGCGACACCCCCACCCCCACCCCCACCCACUGGCCCAUCAAGAGGCGCAGGCCGCCCACCCGACAAAUGGCCAGCAGCAACAGCAACAGUUUUGGGGGCGUGGCAGGCGUGAACGGGGAUCUGUGGCGCGAGUGCGUCGCCUGGCUCACCAGGUGCAAGGUCAUCCCGCCCGACCACAAGGCCGCCCAGGCGGACGCCGAGAUCCGCAUCCUGGCGAUGACGCUGCGCGACGGCGUGCUGCUCUGCAACCUGGUCAUCCACCUGGACCCCAGCAGCAUGGACCCGCGCGAGUUCAACCGCAAGCCCCAAAUGGCACAGUUCCUGUGCAGCAAGAACAUCAAGCUGUUCCUGGACGUGUGCCACAACAACUUUGGGAUCCGCGACGCCGACCUCUUCGAGCCGACCAUGCUGUACGACCUGACCAACUUUCACCGCGUCCUCAUCACGCUCUCCAAGUUGUCGCAGUGCCGCAAGGUGCAGCAGAUGCAUCCGGAUCUCGUCGGCUUCAACCUGCAGCUGUCGCCCAGUGAGCGCUCCCAUUCGGACGAGGCCAUCUACAAGGACCUGCAUUCCACGGACCUGAACAUGCGGAAGACGGGCAGCAUCGACGCCGCCUCCGCCUCCUCGUCGGCGGAGUACUACGACCGAACCUCGCAGAGCGGGUCGCUGGACGAGAACAGCGACAUCACCAUCGAGAACGGCACCGAGGACAUUGACGACUACAUCGAGGACUCGCUGUCCAACAUGUGCGACUCGACCAUCGACAACGACCCGGAGGACGCGGGCGUGGAGACGCCCCUGCUGGCCGACUGCGAGGCAGGCAGCCCCAUGCGGGAGCUCUCCUUCGAUCUCACCCUGGAUGUGGUGGGCUCGACCACGGAUCACUCCGCCUCCAAUGCGGUCACGCCCACUCCGGAGUCCUGUGACGCCGCCCGGUGCACUGCGGUGUGCACUGAACCUGCGUCUGUUGCGGCCGCCCCCGGGCCACCAAUGGGUCGCCUGGUGUCCACCUCGUCCUCCUCGUCGUCGCUGUUGGUCAGCGAGAGCCAGCGCCUGCAGAAGGCGGCCGCCGCCGUGUACAACUACCGAUCCUCGAUGGCGUGCACCGAGCACGAGUACGCCUACAUCUACAGCGAGGAUGACGAGAAGGUCUACGAGGACCUGUGCUACGUCACCUUCCAAGCGAAGGCCAAGCCCGAGGUUACCACCGACAAUAUUGCAUGCAAUGGAACCGGUUACGACCACACCAACACCAAAGAGGAGGAGGUGUACCAAGACCUGUGCGCCCUGCAAAGGACGAGUAGAAGCCAGACCGUCUCGUCGACGAGCUUCGAGCAGCGCGACUACGUCAUCCGGGAGCUAAUUGACACGGAGUCCAACUACCUGGACGUGCUCACUGCGCUGAAGACCAAGUUCAUGGGUCCCCUGGAGCGGCAUCUCAAUCAGGACGAGCUGCGUCUCAUAUUUCCGCGCAUCAGAGAGCUGGCCGACAUCCACACCCGGUUCCUGGACAAGCUGCGCGAGUCCCUGACGCCCAAUGCCAAAGUGAAGAUGGCCCAGGUGUUCCUCGAGUUCCGAGAACCCUUCCUCAUCUACGGCGAGUACUGCUCCUGCCUGCUAGGCGCCAUCGACUAUUUGGCGGACGUGUGCAAGAAGAACCAGAUCAUCGACCAGCUGGUGCAGAAGUGCGAGCGCGACUACAAUGUGGGCAAACUGCAGCUGCGGGACAUCCUGUCGGUGCCUAUGCAGCGCAUUCUCAAGUACCACCUGCUGCUGGACAAGCUGGUGAAGGAGACGUCGCCGAUGCACGACGACUACCGGUCGCUGGAGCGGGCCAAGGAGGCCAUGAUCGACGUGUCGCAAUAUAUCAACGAGGUGAAGCGCGACUCCGACCACUUGGUCAUCAUUCAGAAGGUGAAGGACAGCAUCUUUGAUCUCCAUUUGCUGCAGAACGGCAAUGGGAGCGACCUUCUGCAGUACGGCCGCCUGCUUCUCGACGGCGAGCUGCACAUAAAGGCGCACGAGGACCAGAAGACCAAGCUGCGCUACGCCUUCGUCUUCGACAAGAUCCUCAUCAUGGUGAAGGCGCUGCACAUAAAGACGGGCGAUAUGCAGUACACCUACCGCGACUCUCACAACCUGGCCGACUAUCGGGUGGAGCAGAGCCAUUCGCGACGGACUCUGGGCAGGGAUACGCGCUUCAAGUACCAGCUGCUCCUGGCCCGCAAGUCGGGCAAAACGGCCUUCACCUUGUACCUCAAGUCGGAGCACGAGCGUGACAAGUGGCGCAAGGCCCUUACCGAGGCCAUGGAAAGCCUGGAACCGCCUGGCUGCCGCAGUACCGACCACAAAAUGGAGAUCUACACAUUCGACGCCCCGACUACGUGCCGCCACUGCUCCAAAUUCCUAAAGGGACGCAUCCACCAGGGCUAUCGGUGCAAGGUAUGCCAGAUCAGCGUGCACAAGGGCUGCAUCUCGUCGACGGGUCGCUGCAAACAGAAUCCUGUGAGCGUGCCGCCGCCCGUCUGCGAUCGCCAGCUGUCCGAGUUCAAUUGGUUUGCGGGCAACAUGGACCGGGAGACGGCGGCCCUUCGGCUGGAGAACCGCCGCAUAGGCACCUAUCUUCUGCGCGUGCGUCCCCAGGGCCCAUCCACGGCCCACGAGACGAUGUAUGCCCUCAGCCUGAAGACCGAAGAGAAUGUGAUCAAGCAUAUGAAAAUCAACCAGGAGAACUCCGGCGACUCCAUGCUUUACUGCCUGUCGUCGCGAAGGCAUUUCAAGACCAUUGUCGAGCUGGUUUCCUACUACGAACGCAACGAUUUGGGCGAGAACUUUGCGGGGCUCAAUCAGUCACUACAGUGGCCCUACAAGGAGGUGUACGCUACCGCUCUCUAUGACUACGAGCCGAAGGCUGGCAGCAAUCAGCUGCAGCUGCGCACCGACUGCCAGGUGCUGGUCAUUGGAAAGGAUGGCGACAGCAAGGGCUGGUGGCGUGGCAAGAUCGGCGACACGGUGGGCUACUUCCCCAAGGAGUACGUGCAGGAGCAGAAACUGGCCAGCGAAGAGCUUUGAUAUUACAACUACGAGGUUUACUUCGCACCCAAGGCCAUUACGCCCUCGACGGCAGCCAUUGCUGGAUCGCCAGGAGCUGGAACUGGAACUGGAACUGCAGCGACUGGAGCCAUUAAAGGAGCCCCUGGCGAGGAGGAGCCUGUAGCCAGCCUCAGCAGCCUCGGCAGGCACAGCAACAACAAUUGCAGCUAGAUCGUAGCCUAGUUAAAUCCACCUACAAGUACGUUUGAAAAUACCAAUUGUUUUUAUUUGUGAUUAAGCGCUUUUUGUUUAUACAUACAUAUAUGUUUUUAUCAUUUUUUUUUGCGUCGUCUGCUGGAAACUCUUGUGCCAAUCACAGAAAAAUUACGAAAUCUAUAAAUUGUUUAAUGUUUCAAUUGUUUUAAAUUAUAUAUUGCAAAUAUAUAUAGGACAUGUAUGUUUAUAUUUCCAGGAGAACUAGCUUCCUAUGUUUAUUUUUCCACUUUUCUUGUGUUUAUAAAAUGUAAUCGUCUCACGUCGAGUGAGGGUUGUGCAACUGUAAGGAGAGUAAGGAGUAAUAUGUAUGAAGUGUCCUGCGCGGCAUUCCCGUGCAAACAAAGCUUUAAAGAUUUAUAUUCAUAUAUAUCGUACUGGUAGAUAUUUAACCCUAGUUGAAACGCAAAUGUUAACAUAACGAAAGCAACGCAGCCACAAAAUGUUCGAAGAAAGUAAGAGUACCACGACGUUGUAACGACGAUAAGGAAGUAAAAGCUUUAGUAAUAACGAUAGCCGUCAUAUUUACACGAUGAUCCGCGUUUUAGGCCAGCCAAUUUAUAUAGAUAUCUAUAUUGAACUAAUAUAAUGUACCUAUUUAUGUAGCCAACGAAGAACUGCGAAGUAUCCAAUGAAUCGAAAGUGUUUAGCUAGCGAGCUGAAAGGUUUUGAAAGCAAGAAAUAUAGGGUUUAAUAACGAAACGAUGCCAUGCUCCCAUCUCUCAUCAGUCAGUAAAAUCAGUCUCCGAAGUCGUAGUAUUACUUACUCUAGAUAAGUAGCAGUCACCAAACGGGUUGAUAAUAAAUUAAGUACAACCUGUCUAAAAUUAUAUAUUAUCAAACUGAAUUGUUCUAAAAAGAGAAAAAUCGACUAGUUCUCAACAUCUGAUUAAUAUUGUCAUUGAAUUCAAAUUAAAAAUGUGAAAUUGUUAAAGUGUGUAAAGGAAAUAUGCAGAUCUGUUAAUUAAUUUUCUCUCUCAAGGCACAAGCAAAUGCAAUUCAUAUCACAUAAAUAUUCACUGUCUUGUUUUUCGCACAAGGCACUGCAGCAACUGAAACUGAAAAACUGAUUUUUAAAUUCGAAGGCUAGAAACUCGGUUUCAUACCCUUUCCGUGUGCUAUAUUCGAGUGUUCUCAUAUUUAGGGCCUUCAGAUCCCAUCUCCGAACCGAAGCGCAACGUUAACAAUUCCGAAAGCUGCAUUUAUCACAAAUCACUAUAUCUAUCCUUUUCACUGCUCUCUAGCUGUCUCUUUCUAAACAGCAGAAGGAAAAUCCAUUCUUUCGGCAGCUCCAAAUUAUAUUUAAGUCAAUGUUGUACGUUUAAUUGCAAAAUUGUCGCAUCCAGCAAGGAAACUGUUUGUGGUUUUAUCCAUAAGUAAAACGACUAGAAAAUCUCGCUAAUAAACGACUUUUGUGAAAGUUUUGUUGUUCAAUUAAAA